CUUACAGAUAUUGGUCAUAUGAUAAUCUGUAUCUUUUGCAAUGAAGAAAGGCUCGGUACAGAAAACAUUAUGUGGGGAAAGGCAGACGUCGGCUUCUCGGACACCUAGUCCAAUGUCUACUGUCAGUUCAGGCACCAGAUCACCAUCACCUCUUAGUCAACAGGCGUCUCCAUUGCCUCGCAAAGGCAGGGAGCAGAGACACCAACAACCUCGUGUUACAGCAAGAAAUAUAGAAGCUGCUUUCGAGAAUCAGUUUCAUGAAGAUGAAAAUGGUGUUAAUCCAGGAGUUAGGUACAUUACAGAAUCCCUUAUAAAAGCUUUAUCAAAACAGGAAAAUUUGGCAUGUAUAAGCUCACUGAAUCUUUCUUUUGUGAAGGAUGGGGACAAGAAAUUUAAGUACAUAGAAAAUUUGGAAAAGUGCUCUAAAUUAGAGUCACUGAAUAUCAGUAACAACCAAAUAGAAAAGAUUGAGAAGUUGGAUAAACUGUCGAAGUUGCGUGAACUCAAUUUGUCUUACAACAAAAUCAGUAAAAUUGAAGGUAUAGAACACAUGCUGAAUCUACAAAAGCUGAAUCUUGCAGGAAAUGAGAUUGAGCACAUUCCUUUGUGGGUAGGGAAAAAACUGAGGUCCCUGCGCAUUCUUAAUUUGGAACAGAAUAAAGUAUCAUCCCUCCAUGACAUUGCUAAACUGAAGCCUCUGCAAGAUCUGACUUCUCUCUCCCUUGCCAACAACCCGGUCGCGCGUCUCCCUCACUAUCGCCCGUACACCAUAUUCCACUUGCGAGCACUGGGGACAUUGGAGGGACAGCCAGUGACAAGUCAUGACAGGCAGGAAGCUCUAGAGAGAUUUAAUAUAGAAGAAAUAGAAAAAUUAGAAAAAGAGUUGGAAAAUACAGUAAAGGAGAUGGAGAAUCUUAAAGUAAAACAGUCCAAAGUGCUUGAGCAGCUUCAACAUCAAGAUGAGGUGAAUAAAUCAUUAAAAGAAAAGACUUUGCAACAGAAACAAAGCUAUGAAGAUCUACAAAGGGACCUGGGCACCAAAAAUGAGCUGCUAAAGCAGAAAACAAUGGAACUAACGCGAGCUUGCCAGAAACAGUAUGAAUUGGAGCAGGAAUUGGCAUUUUAUAAGAUUGAUGCAAAAUUUGAGCCAUUAGGUUAUUUUCCAUCAGAGGAUGUUGAACUUGAUGAUGCACCUGGUGAAAGCCCAUAUAUUGGUAAGGCCAGAUAUAAAAGAAAUAUGUUUAUAAGAGAGGGUUAUAUUGGUAAUAAGGGUCAGCACGUGAAGAUUGGAAAAAUGCAACUAGAUGAAGACGACUUAAAUAGCAACCCGAAGCUAAAAUUGCAGCUUCAAACUCUAGAUGAACAACUGAAGGAUAAAGAAAAAAAGAUUAAUUCAGCACAGGGUAGAUUAGAAGAACUGCAGAGUGAAAUAACAAAUGCAGAGCAACAAGUUUUGAAAGUAACAGAAGAACUACGACAAGUGGAAGAUGCUCUGACUCAGAAAAAAAUAUUAGUGGCCAACAGGGAAGAUCUUGAGCAGCAAUUGUGUAACAAGAUACAAAUCUUGCAUCAGCUACGCAAAGAAGCUUUAGAACUGGAAAAACAGAUAGAGAAAGAGAAAAGAGAAAUAGGAAAAAAGCAGAAAGAGCUUGAAGACUUGCAGUGUUUUCUUGCUUCUGUGAAUUCUAAAGAUCCAAGACACGCACACAUGAAAGCUCAAAAAACAAGCAAGGAACAGCAGCUUGAUAUAAUGAACAAACAUUACAAACAGCUUGAGAGUCGCCUGGAUGAAAUGCUUUCUAGGAUUGCUAAGGAAACAGAGGAAAUCAAGGACUUGGAGCAGCAGCUCACUGAUGGUCAAAUAGCAACAAAUGAAGCACUGAAAAGGGAUUUAGAAGGUAUUAUUAUUGGAUUGCAAGAAUACCUUGAAAGUGUGAAGGGUCAGGCAAAACAGGCCAGUGAUGAAUGCAGGGAGCUGCAGAAGGAUAAGGAAUCUUUGCUCCAGAGAUUGGCAGAACUAGAGGAGGAAAGAAACAACCUGAAAAUAGUUGCCAUGGAUGCAGAAAAUAUGAAAAAAGAGAUAGCAAUGCUCGAAGCUGCACUCCAGGAGCAACGAGAAAUAAAUGAAUCGCUUAGAGAUGCACAGGGGGACAUCAGUGCCUAUGAGGCUGAACUGGAAGCCCAGUUAAGAGACAGAGACACUGAAGCCAAUCAGCAAAAGGAAGAAUUGGAAAGACUAAAACAACUUAGCCAGAUGGAAAGAUCAGCCCUGCAAGCUGAACUUGAAAAAGAAAGGCAAGCAUUGGAGAAUGCUCUGACCAAAGCACAACUAGCAGAAGAAAAGGAACAAGAAAAUUAUAAACUCCUUUCACAGUUCAAGCAAUUGCAGAGAGACAAUAAUCUCCUAAAAGAACAGCUCAAAGAUCUUCAAAAUCAGCUAAACCAUGCAGUUGAUAACUUACUUCAUCCUGAGGAAGUCUUAGCUCGCAUAAGUGAACUCAAACAAAAGCUUCAAAUGGGAGUUGGAGAGAUUGAAUGUCAUGAUUCAGCUGAUGUUUUAGGGAAAAGCCUUGCAAAUUUGCAGAAGGAAUUUAAUAACAUCCUUGUCGACGCACAGAGAGAAAGAGAGAAAUCAUGGGCUAGAGAGAGACAAUUGCAGGAAGAAAUGGCAUCUCAGCAGGAUAAGCUGGAAGAUGUACAGGAAAAAUAUAGACAGGUUAAAUCUGAAAACAGGCAGAAUGAGAACAAGGUCCGUCAGUUAGAGAAUGAAAUUCAACAUUUGCAUGAAAAAAUAAAGAGUAUGGAAGAAAUUCAGGGCCUUGCUGAUCAACAGCUCCAAGAGGCAGAUGAGGAAAAAGAGACUAUUCUUGCCCAAUUGGAAGACUUAGAGAAAAAGAAAAAAAUAGAUGAUGCCCGGGCAGAAAUGCAAUUUGUCAGUCUAGACAAAGAACUGAAGAAAUUGAAAAGAGCAAUCAUAACUUCAGAUAAACUGGCAGCCACAGAGCUCUCCAUUGCUAAAAAUCAGCUAAAGGCUCUUCAUGGUACUGUUCUCAGAAUUAACCAGGAGCGAGCUGAGGAAUGUGAGGAAGCUGAGGAGUUCUACGUUCAGGCAGCUCAAGCAGCUCAAGAUCUGGCCCGAGCGGAAGCAGAAAUAGAAUUGCUACAACAACUCCUAAAGGAAAAGGAAGAACAAUUGCAGCAUGAAAUGGGGAAAGCUGGUGAUAAGGCUGAGUCAAGCUCCGAGAAGUUUGAAAUUGAUAAAUUAAAUGGAACUAUGAAGCAACAGAAAGCAGAAAUUGACCGUUUGAGACGGCUGUUGGACAACAUCAGGACAGGUAACAAGGAGGAAAUUGAUGACUUGCAAGAUGAAAUUGCAACACUCAGAAAUACACUUUCUUACCAGAAUGAUUACAUCACUAGUAUAACAGAUCCCUUCAAAAGGAGGGGAUACUGGUAUUACAGGCCACCAUCACAGGUCUCAACUCCUGCUUCUCAUAGCACAAAAGAUUCUGGAGUUGGUUUACCAUGUUCCAGCACAUCCCCAGCCAAAAGAGGGCGCCUUCAGGACAAGCAAGUCAGGAAGGAAGACUUGCCUAGUCCAAGAGGAUGUUGGAUUUAUUCACCAGUCAGAACUAGGUUGUACAAAACAAAUUCCACUAAAGGUAGAAGAGAGAAAGAUGAUGGUGGAGGAAACGAGGAAACUUCUGUUCCAAAAGACCCUCCCUUUGUACCACCACCUGGUACAGUUAUUUACACAGUCCUUCCAGAUGGUGCCCCUUUACCACAGGGAACGGUGGUUUAUGGUCCUCCUCCUUCUGCGCCAGCAAAUGGAAGUUCAGUUGCUCCUGGAACAGUUAUCUACGGCCCACCUCCUGCGGGAGCCCAGGUCGUUUAUGGCCCCCUGCCAGCCAGUUUCUCUGUCCCGCUCAUUCCCCUGGGAGUGCUGCACUGCAACGUGCCCGAGCAUCAUGAAUUGGAGAACGAAGUCUCAAGGCUAGAAGACAUUGUGUAUCAUCUAAAGUCUCGGAAAUAUGGAGAUAAAUGGUCAGGGGAAGCUGAUCGCAAAUGGAAAGAGGUGGAAAAGUUACAGCAAAAUGUUGAAGAUCUGGUGCAUGAAAGAGAAGAGCUGGAACAUGAGGUAGCAGAGCUACGAAGGGCAGCUCAGAAGCGUAACAAACGGAAAGACUUUAUUGAGGGGUGCACUGACAACCUAAUAGCAGAAUUACAGUUAGAAAGAUCUCUUAAACAUCAUGAAGAUGUUGCAAAUGAAAUUGAAUGUAUAGAGAGGACACUUCUGAAACGACGGUCGGAGCUUAGAGAAGCAGACAGGCUACUUGCAGAAGCUGAAAUAGAACUUGAGAGCACACGGGGAAAGACCAAAGACACUAUUCAAAAGUACAAUCAUGCCAAGCAGCAUUUGUCCCGGACUGAAACCGAGGCAGAGGAGCUGGAGCGAAGGGCUCAGGAAGUGGCCGUUAAACUGGUGAAGGCCGAUCAGCAGUUGAGGUUAUUGCAGGCGGAUACAAGGGAUUUAGAGCAGCAUAAGAUUGAACAAGAAGGUAUCUUGAAGGAAAUCAACCAAGUGGUGUCCGCAAAAGAUUGUGAGUUCCAGUCAUUAAACAGGAAGAUAGAAAUGCUGACUGAAAGCCUUCAGAAGCUUCAAGGCGAUAUUCAGGUGGCAGAAGGUAAUGAAGAACAUCACCUCCAAAUCCUUAGGGAAGCAGAAAGCAUUCUUCAAAGCAAGAAAACCGAACUGGAAAGGCUGAAAGAUCAGAUUAAUGCUCAGCAACAAGAGCUGUUGCUUCUGGAGCAACAGCUGAGUCAAAGAAAAGAGGAGCUGAAUGUCCUUCAGGAUUGUAUUUCUCAAAAGAAAGGUGACCUCAAAGAAGCUCUUCGAGAUGGGGAGACUGAAGCAAAUGAAAAACGACGCCAAAUAAGAGAAAUAAGAUCUCUUCUGGAAGAGCUGAAUGUUGAGAGGAAAGACCUGGACAUCCAGAUUAGUGAGAAAAGAACACAGCUUUUGUUCAUAAAGAAGGAUAUUGGAAAAGAAGAGGAAAAUCUUCAAGGAAUACUUGGGCAAAUUUCCAAGCAUAAGAUGGAACUGAAACAUGUUCUGGAAAUGCUGCAGCUGGAAAAUAAUGAACUUGAAGGUUUGAAACUACAGCAUGACCAAAAGGUCAAUGAAUUAGAAAAGAUUCAGGUUGCAGUUCUAGAAGAAAAACUAGAACUGGAGAAUAUUCAGAGAUUAUUUCAGUGUCAGCAAGGGGAAGUAGAUUGGCAAAAACAACGACUUGAGAAAGACCGUCAAGAAAACGAACACUUGGUUUCUCAAAUGCACACUUUGCAAAAUAACAUUGAAUCUUUGAAUAAAGAAAAGCAAAAGCUUGAAGAAGGCUGUCGGAGUUUGGAGAACAAGCUGUCACAAUCUAGAAGAGAUUUGACUGUUACCGAAGAGAGCAGCAGAACAGCAUUGUCCAAUAUAGGGAAGAUGGAAAUGGAUGUAAAAAAUCUGCAGCAGGAGAUAGAUUUCCUAAACAAGCACAAAAAAUCACUGAAUGAAGACAUCACUGUAAUACAGCAGCAUCUUCAAGAAAAAAAGGAAGAAUUGGAAGCUUUGAAAGGAGAGUUGAAUAACUCCAGACAACAACAACAACUGGUUGAACAGGAUUUGAAAAAUAAUACAAGGUAUCGGGAUGAACUGCUUAGAGAGCAGGCAACGCUGAAAGAAGAAAUCCUGGAAUGUUUAAAGAAACAUAAGGAUUGCCAAGAGAGGCAGAAAAAGAGGGAGAACCAAUUGCAGCAGCUUCAGAAAGAGAUUCAAGAGAAAGAGACAGAACGAGCCAGGCAAGAAGCGAUUCUUCAUCGCCUCAAGCAAGAUUCAGAGUAUGAAGGAAAAAAAAUGCAAGAAUGUACUAGCAAACUGCAAGAUCAGAAAGUACUGUUAGAAAAGGAGCUAACGGAGCAAGAAGAGAAAUUGGAAGAGGCAAUAGCAAAAGUAAGACUGGCAGAAGAAAAGCUCAGGAAGCUGGAAAAGGAGGAGUCAUGGUGUGCAACAGUUGAAGAAACAGUCAGAAAAAGCAAACAUCAGAUCUCAGAAAAAGAACUACAAUUACAACAAAAAAAUAAAGAAAAUGCAUCUCUCCAAAAAGAACUGGAACUUUCAAAGUCUGAGCUAAAACAUCUCCAAGAUCAGCUAAAAUCAGAGAGGAGGAAAGCGCAAAAGCAAAUCUUGAGUCUGAAAGAAGCAAUCAAAACGCAGAGGACCCAGCUGGAGAAAGAACUGUGUGAAAAAACACACGAAAACAACUGUUUGCAGAGUGACAUAGCAGCUGCCGAACAAGUAGCACACAACAACCAUGAACGAGCAAAGCGCCUCUUUAAGGAACUUGGCCAGAUCCAACGGGACUAUGUGGCUCUCCAAACACAGGUUAAAACUCAGGAAGACCUGAAAAACAGACAAAGGGAAAUAAAGGAUGCAGCAAAGAUGCUUAAAUUGGAGAUUAAAGAUGAAAUUAGUACAGGGCUUAAAUCUUUAAGCCCAUCCCCAGAACUUUUGGAAAAUCUGGAAGCAGCCCUUGAAAUAAGGGGAAGUCCACACAGUGAAUCAGAUAACUUAGAGGAGAUGACUGCACCUGUAGCUACUGACAGACGACUGCUCUCGCUGGAAGAAAAGCUGGAUUUUUCUAAAGUCUUCUUAAUGGAUGAGCAGUGGCGUGGAGAGGCUCUCCGAGAAAAACUACGGCAUCACGAAGAUCGGUUGAAGGCUCAACUGCGGCAGUGCAUGUCCAAGCAAGUAGAAGUGUUAAUCAGAGGAAAGCGGCAGACGGAAGGGACCCUUCACAGCCUGAAGCGGCAAGUGGAUGCGCUGGAUGACCUGGUCAGCAGCACUGCUUCGGAUUCGCUGUUCCUAGCGCAGAGCUCAUCAAGUCUCAGUCUUCAUGAUGCUCUGAAUUUAACAAAAACACAGCCGAGCGGCUAUUUCAGUGGCAUCUCAAACACUCCAGUCUUACGCACAAGAAAUUUCUCAGUAGAGCACAGAGGUAAGAGACACACUGAAGUGUCUGUUACUCAGCCUUUAUCCUAGUUUGAACUCUGUACUGCUUUGUAAAUAUGUCUUUAACUGUGAGGCUUAUGGAUUAUACGUGGUGUCAGCCCAGGGACA